ACUAGUUCUGAGCAGUAAGCACGAGCCCCUCCACAUCCCGCCCAUUCUACCGAGUCACGUGACUGGACGGUGUCACGUGUCUGUGUGACGUCAGAAGGUCCUUCCAUGCCGUAGUAGUUAUCUUUCACCCUCUGCCCUGCUGCCGGGGCCGCCAUUCUGGACGGGGUCGCUGUACGGCAGUGACGUGAAGCCGGCUUCUUUCUGGGCGGAGUCAUGUCUAAGCUCAUCCUGACCCACCGCGUGGGCUUCGGUCUGGUCGCCGGAGUGACCGCUGGGGUAAUAGUUUAUAUGGUUUACCGGGAACGCCACCGGAAUUGUAAUAAGAAGGAAACCAAGCAGAAUGGGUAUCACGUCCAUGUGACCUCCGAUCGCCCCGUCAGCGCGGCUUAUUCACAAGCCGUGUCGGCUGGCGCAGAUCUGGUAGCCGCGAGCCGUGGUGAACCGCUGGAGCUACUGAACCGUCUGGACUACGUCCUCGGCAGCAUCGUGGAGCUGCGGCAGGAGAUCGAGUCUCUGCGGAACAGUCUGCACGGCCUGGCGGAGGACAUCGUCGGUGAAGUUCGGUCACAUUUGGAGGAGAACCAAAGGGCCAAUCGACGGCGGAGAUUCCUGCCCCCCCGGGAGAGGACGGACUCCACAGGCUCCAGCUCCAUUUACUUCACUACUAGUUCUGGUUUUGCUGCAACUGACGUGGAAAGUGAAGGAGGUUACACCACAGCUAAUGCCGAAUCGGAUUAUGACCGGGAAAGCAGUCGGGCGAGUGAGGAAGAGGAGGAUGAAGUCAGCUGUGAGACCGUGCGGACCAUGCGGAAGGACUCCGAUGUGGUGACGGAUGAUGAGGAGGAGACCAUGUUGGCCGCAGAGACAAUAGACGAAGAGUUAACGCUUCUGCUCCAGAAGUCUGAUACCCUGCACGAUGGAGACGACGAGCAGAAACGGGAAGGAUUCCAACUGCUGUGUAGUAAUAGAUUAAUGUACGGCGGCCGCCAAGACUUCCUGUGGAGAUUAGCGCGAUCCUACAGCGAUAUUUGUGAGAUUACUGAAGACCUUCUAGAAAAGAAGUCCUACGCCUUGGAAGGGAGAGAAGAAGUCGGAGUUGUGCUUGAAAAUGAAGGACAAACUGCGGAGUGUCACAAAUGGUUUGCCAUCCUUUGUGGGCACUCAUCUGAGCAUGAAAGCAUCCAGAAGCGCAUUCAGACUGGAUACAUAUUUAGGGAACAUAUCGAGAAGGCGAUCCUAUUACAGCCGAACGAUCCGCAGUGUUACUACCUGCUAGGCCGCUGGUGCUACGAGGUCUCUCACCUCGGCUGGCUGGAGAGGAAAACGGCUUCGGCUCUUUAUGACACGCCACCAAGUGCUACUGUGGACGAGGCCUUACAGAACCUCCUGAAGGCUGAAGAGCUGUCACCAGGAUUCUCCAAGGCCUUAAGAGUUUACAUAGCAAAAUGUUACAGGGAUUUGGGGAACCAAAGUGAGGCCGCCCGCUGGCUGAAAUUGGCGUCAGAACUUCCUGAGCGCACACAGGAGGAUAAAAAAAUGGCGUCCACCAUUGAGGAGAUGAUGUCGGCGAUCACCGCCUAACGGAAUCGGUCUGCAUCGUGACCCGGAUUAUAGUUUUUUUAUAACGCUAUAUACUCCAGUCCUAUAUGAUAAGGGGGUAUAUUCCCCCGUAUCCAUGGUUUUAGGCCUCGUCCUCUGUACAGUGAUUUGUUCCUGUGUAGACUCUAUUUUCCCGAUUUUUCCGGGAUGACACACAAUAUAUAGAUUUAGGGGUCAUUGUACGCCGUGACCUCUGACCUCAGCAGCUACAUACAGGCCCUUUGGUGGAAAUUUUCCAUUUUAGUGCCUUAGUAGAAACUGACAUUGGGAGUAAAAAACCUGAAACUAAAAAAUUGACGUUUACUUUAUGAUUUUAACCUAUAGCUAUUGCUUUUAUGCCUUUUGCGCUCAGAGGAUAUAGAUGGGACAUAACCCGGUGAGGACGGAUCGGAGGCGACUUUUUCAAGUUGUUUUUGAACCCAAUAAUGUGUCUUUUUACCAUCCCUAAGAGGUAGGAAAUAGAAAUUAAUUUACACUGCCUUUUUUUUCACUGGAAUUUUUUUUUUAUAGUUUUUUUUCUUAUUUGCCGCAAGAACAAUUCCAUUUUAUUAUCUGUUGUGAUUUUGUGCCGUAUUAUGAUAAAAAUCUUAUUAGCGACAGCGCUUAGGUCAGUGGUCUCCAAACGGUGGCACCCACAGAUGUUGCAAAUCUACAACUCUCAGCAUGCCCGGACAGCCAACGGCUGUCCGGACAUGCUGGGAGUUGUAGUUUUGCAACAUCUGGAGGGCCACAGCAGCUUUCCACAAUAUGGCAGCUUAUGACCCCUGAAGACACCUAAGGAGCAAAACACGUCGAGGGAACAAUUGUUUUAUUCUGAUGUAAAAGUUUACUGUAUGUUGUGUGACCAAAAAACAAUAUAUUAGUCAGAUUUUACUCCUAUAUACUUUUAGUUCCUGAGGCCCCCGUUCACACUACGAAAUUUGCUUUUUAAAAAAGUUCUGCCGCAUGGAUUUAACAUUGGUGUCACUGGGUUUCCCACAUCAUAGCACUGAUUGAUAUUGGCAGUGACGGCUGCUGCAUAAGGUAUAUAUUCCCUCCCAUAGACUUGCGUUGAGGAGGUCACGACCCCGCCGCCCGCUCCAAGUGUUCGAAACAAGACGUUCUGAAUGCUGGGCAGUGGAGUACCCCCUUAAAAGGGGUACUCCUGUGGGAAAUGUUUUUUUUAAAUCAACUGGUGCCAGAAAGUUUAAUCAGAUUUGUAAAUUACUUCUAUAAAAAAAAUCUUAAUCCUUCCAGUACUUUUUAGCUGCUGUAUGCUACAGAGGAAAUUAUUUUCUUUUUGAAUUUCUUUUUUUUUUGUCUUGACCACAGUGCUCUCUGCUGACACCUCUGUCCGUGUCAGGAACUGUCCAGAGCAGCAUAGGUUUGCAAUGGGGAUUUUCUCUUACUCUGGACAGUUCCUGAUACGGGCAUCAGGUGUCAGCAGAGAGCACUGUGGACAAGACAAAAAAAGAAAUUCAAAAA